AUGACUCGAAUCCGAAAGCGCACAGCACAACGCCUCAAAGAGUCCCAGAAUACAGCCGCCUUUCUAACUACAUUCAACGAGGUUGAUAUGUCUAGCCUGCUGGAUUUCCGCAAAAAGAACAAGGAGGCGGUUCUAGAAAAGCACGGAGUGAAGCUUGGUCUUAUGGGAUCCAUGGCCCGGGCUUCAGUUCUUGCCCUCAAAGAAGUCCCUGCAGUGAAUGCAUCAAUUGAAAAUGAUGAUACGAUUGUCUACCGCAACUAUGUUGAUUUGAGCGUUGCAGCCUCAAUUCCAAAGGGGCUUGUGACACCCGUGCUGCGGAAUAUUGAGUCCAUGAGCAUCCUGCAAAUCGAACAAGGUAUCGCUCAGCUAGUCAAGAAGGCUCGAGAUGGAAAGUUGACUAUGGACGAUUUGAACGGAGGGAGCUUUACAAUCAGCAACAGUGGUAUCUGGGGCUCUUUGUUUGGUACACCGAUCAUCAACCUGCCGCAGACUGCAGUCUUGGGAACUUAUGGUAUUCAAGACCGACCAGUCGCGGUCAAUGGACAAGUUGAGAUCCGCCCGAUGAUGUACAUCGCGUUGACAUAUGACCACCGGAUCAUUGAUGGACGCGAGGCUGUGAAAUUCUUAGUUAUGAUAAAGAAUUACCUCGAAAACCCGGAGACUAUGUUGCUGGAACUUUGA